AUGGUGGUUGUGGCUGUACUAGCCUACGCUGAAGGCUACUCUGUGGGUGCUCCAGAAAGCGCUUGCAAGGAUAUGAUUCCAAGGCAUCCUGUACCGCCACAAAAAUCAGCGGCACCCUACGUUAUCACCACAAGUUCCACAGCGGUGAGAGCCGGCACCCCAUUGGAGAUCACAAUUUCUGGUGUGAAGCCGUCAGAUACAAUACGAGGUCUGCUUAUGCAAGCACGUAAAGGAGAGGAAAUUGUGGGGACCUUCACCGUUGAUCCCAACGAUCCGUUCGCCCAACUGCUCAACUGUGGAACAGCAGGCAAUGCUAUUACUCACAAGAAGCAUGAUCCCAAGUUCGAUAAGCAAUCUGCCACAUUCACCUGGACUCCAUCUGAAAACUUAAGUGGAGAAGUUAAAUUUAGAGCAACCGUCGCACUCAACGGAGCUAUCUUCUGGGUGGGUGUUGAGUCUGCUCCCGUCACAAUCACUCAUUAA